AACGUUGAUUGGCAUGAGGUCUGAUGUUGCCUUUCGGAAUCUCACCGUGCGUAACGAAUCUCAACUCCAAACCCCAACCGUCCCUUGAUAUUUGGUUGAAAUGUUCAGAACGAUAAGUACUGCCUCUCUGAGCAGGGCGAGGACCAAUGCAUCCCAGAAGUCCAUUUCCCACACUGAAUCCGCCGUCGAGCGCGAGGAAAGAGCACUUGCAGAACUCAAAGAACUAUGCCGCAGAAAUUCUGUAACCUGGCCAAAGAGCGAACUGGUGCGAGAAUAUGCCCCGGAUGACAAUUUCGAGGAGUCAAAUCUUUUGCGUUACUUACGAGCACGGAAACACGACGUCCAUACCGCAUUCAAGCAAUAUGCUGCAUCGGCAAAAUGGCGCCAUGAUAUCCAGCUAGAGAAGACUUAUGAUGAUGUCGGCAUCACGAGAUUUGAGACUGUCAGACGACUGCAACCUCAAUGGACCGGCCACCGAGAUGCUACCGGAGUACCUAUCAUGGUAUAUGUCGUGUCUCAAGUCGAAGCAGACGACAUCCUUGCAUUGCAUAAGACGGACCCGGCAUUGUCAAGUAUCUUCCUUGCCGCCGAAUACGUGACACAAUUUGUGCAGCCAUUAUGCGGAAAGUUACAGCACGAACGUAUCAAUACCUCGAUCAACAUCAUCGAUUUGUCGCACGUUGGGGUGUCACCUUUCUGGAGGCUACGGAAGCUUCUUAGUACUGCUAGCAACAUGGCGACAGCUCACUAUCUAGAGACCGUAAAAAGAAUAUAUGUGAGUGCGAACAUUUCUCGAUGUUCCACUCUCCACAAAAGGAAUAUACUGACUCUUACUACGUUGUGCCACGCUGAUCACACCGAAAUAGGUCGUCGGUGCUCCGAACUUCUUCCCUACUAUCUGGCGAUUCAUAACCAUCUGCUUUGAACCUGCAACCACAAGAAAAAUAGCAGUCCUUGGUCAUGGGGAGUGUGCAACGAUUUUGCGCCAUGACCCCGGACCUGAAAACGUGCCGAAGCGCUUUGGCGGGGAUCUGUACUGGGAAUUUGGUGGCUCCCCUGAGCUCAGUCCAGAUGCUAAGUCGUUAAGCAAAAAGUGGGUUGACAAAUGGGUGGAGGGUCCGUUGCGGAUCAUCGACGGUCCUGGUGAACAGUGGAGGAUCAUUGCUGUAGGGUCACAGAAUGGCGAGUUAAGAAGAGAGGAGUUAUAGGGGGCCAAAAGAGUUAUGCACCUCCACAAGCCAGGUGGGAAUAUGGAACUACCCUAUGCUCGGCUUUUAGCUUGAGUGUUGCAAUAUAUGGGAUCUCCAUUAUAGAUUA